UUUUCGUUCCUUUACUCAAGCUCUUUAUAGAUUCCUUCUAGUUCCGACCAAAAAUCGUUUGGAGAGAAAAAAAAAGAUGUUAGGAGUGUUUAGCAGCACGAUAGUGUCCCCACCGGACGAGCUGGUGGCGGCCGGAUGCCGGACUCCGUCGCCCAAGAUAUCGGCGGACGCGCUUGUGAAACGGUUCCUCGAGACGAACUCCUCCGCCGUGUCCAUGCAGAUCGGAGACCAUGUCCAGUUCGCUUACUCGCACCAUAACGAAUCUGCUUUACAGCCCAGAUCAUUCGCUGUGAAAGACGAAAUCUUCUGCUUGUUUGAGGGUGCACUCGAUAACUUGGGGAGCUUAAAGCAGGAAUACGGGCUUGCAAAAUCAGCAAAUGAGGUGAUGCUGGUCAUCGAAGCUUACAAGGCUCUUCGUGACCGAGCACCUUACCCUCCCAACCAUAUGGUUGCGCAUCUCGACGGAUGCUUCUCUUUCAUCGUCUUCGACAACGCCACCUCCACCUUGUUUGUGGCUUCGGAUCAAACUGGCAAGGUACCUCUUUAUUGGGGAAUCACGGCCGACGGAUACGUGGCCUUUGCCGAUAAUGCUGAUUUGCUUAAAGGUGCCUGUGGCAAAUCUCUUGCUUCUUUCCCUCAAGGGUGUUUCUUCUCCACAGCAAUUGGAGAACUUAAGAGCUAUGAGAAUCCCAAGAACAAGAUCACUGCUGUUCCUGCUGAAGAGGAGGAGAUUUGGGGAGCUAAAUUUAAGGUGGAAGGGCCAGCAGUGUAUAAGAACUUCUCUGUGAGUAUUUGAAGAUGG